AGGCGGUUUGGACAAACAAGUAAAGGCGUGAAGGCAGCGGCCUGAGAAGGGGCGAGUGCGGUGUGAAGGGAUCUGCGUUCUGCCUUCUGCCGGUCUGUGUCGCUGCGAGCAAGCGACCUCCCCCUCCCUGGACUUGAUUCCGCCUCCCUGUAAAAUGUCUGUUCCAGGAUCCUACCAGGCGGCCGCUGGGCCCUCCGCGGUGCCGACCGCACCCCCAUCCUAUGAAGAGACGGUGGCCGUCAACAGUUACUACCCCACACCUCCAGCACCCACGCCUGGGCCGAACACGGGGCUCAUGACGGGCCCGGAUGGGAAGGGGAUGAACCCACCUGCCUACUACACCCAGCCAGUGCCUGUCCCCAAUGCCAAUGCAAUUGCCGUGCAGACGGUCUACGUGCAGCAGCCCAUCUCCUUUUAUGACCGCCCGGUCCAGAUGUGUUGUCCUUCCUGCAACAAGAUGAUUGUGACGCAGCUGUCAUACAACGCAGGCGCCCUCACCUGGCUCUCCUGCGGGAGCCUGUGCCUGCUGGGGUGCAUCGCAGGCUGCUGCUUCAUCCCUUUCUGUGUGGACGCCCUGCAGGACGUGGACCACCACUGUCCCAACUGCAAAGCUCUCCUGGGCACCUACAAGCGUUUGUAGGACUCAGCCAGACCUGAAGGGAGCCGUGUGCUGCAGGAAGGCCUCUCCGACUCUUCACCCAGCCCCUGCUCCUGGUGAAGGCUCUACCUUGGUGGUCUUGUGUCUCCAGGGGCUCCACCUUCGUGUCUUCUUUUGGGGGGAAAAUAUCGCAAAAAUCACACACCUCCAAACCCCAGAAAUGACUGCUCGGAGUCAUGCACAGACAUGCAAAGACAUUCUCCUCGAGUGCUGGGUCCAGGGUUUUCUGUCUCCCUCCUCCCCCUGACCGUGACCCCAAGUCAUUCCAUCUUACUGUGAUCAUUGUCCCGUCUGAGUAUCUUCUGGUGAUUUGCCACUGGCUGGCUUCUAUUCUUGCCUCAGUGGGCCUUUCUCUCAGUGGUCUCCAAAUCAGAAGCCCCAGACUGCCUUAUUUUGAAAUUGUUCUGGCCCCAGUACGGCUGAACCAACCUUUAGUGCCUACCACCAUAGCCAUCUGUUUCCACUUCUGAUGACAACAACCUUAUAGACUAAGGGCUUGGCUCUCAGAUUCUGUAGCUGCAGGCUUUUAAAUAGCACAUGAGUUCACUUUAAUUUCUUAAUUUGUCUCUAAGUACAAGCAGGGGUUAUUCACACCCACAUAGCCAUGAGGUCAUAAACGCAGGCUAGAAAUAGAAGGCUGGAUCUUAUCACUGAUCUGCCUCCUUGGGAGCAGAUCCUCAGCCACUUUCCACGAAGGGCUUUUUUCUGGUAGAGUGAUUGUUUUUUAUAUUAACACUUUUUGUGACCUCCUUUUGGUCUUAAACACCUUUGAGCAUAAUUUUGAAAGAAGGGACUUACAGAACCAUUUUCCAUAACCUUAUGACUGGUAUCGUUUUCCUAUUUGCCAAUGCACACUUACUUAUUUUUUUUUUGCCUUAACAGGAAAAGUAAUGGAUAAUUUCAUCCACUGCCUUUUCGUGGAUUUAGUGUGUUUCCUAGAAACCUCUAUAAUGGAACUCAUUAAAGUUGGACCCUUUUGGGGUUCCUAGUGGAUGUUUGGAAAGACAAAGCACGUUUGAGCACGUCUGGGUACCAUGGUGCUGAAAAGCGUGGGGACCCGACUGUUUGAAAGGCCUCUGAAGUCUGGAUUUUAUUUUUCAGAAAUACAGUUUGUUUGUAUAACAUCGGAAGACAUGAUUCCUAGGACUGAAGCAGCAAGUCAUCUUCGCUGCUGUGUCAUCUUUGAAAUCAAGACAAAGCCGGGCUCGACUUUCAAGAGUCCCCGUUUUGAUAAUGAAUAGGCACAAGGAAUGCAUGUGAAUAAUACUGUGUAGAAAUCAAAGCCUAGACAUUGAUCAAAAAUCUGUAUAUUGGGUGAAAACUAUAGUCAUAACCCAUUGAUUCAGCUUAUUCAUUUAAUGUUUUGAAACUUCCAGUAAUUAUUUUUGCAAUGACUAUAGAUAUACUUCAUAGUACUUUGUUCUCUGCUUUUCAAAAAUAAAGUCUUUGGUUCACUCCGUGAACUAUUUAUCAA